AGGCAAGAAACUAGGGUUAGUGAUUAUAUUUAUAGAUGAGUGAUGAAACACAGAAGAGCCGAUUGUCUGUUUUGAGUUCUCACUUAACCCGUUUGCCUCCGGCAUCUUCCCUCAUGGCUUCGGAGAAAGAAGCUGCCCUUGCUGCUGCACCCUCUGAUUCUCCUACCAUAUUUGACAAAAUCAUCAACAAGGAAAUCCCAGCUACCGUGGUUUAUGAAGAUGAUAAGGUCUUAGCUUUUAGGGACAUAGCUCCCCAGGCUCCUACGCACAUUUUAAUUAUUCCAAAAUCAAAGGAUGGCCUAACUGGUUUGUCUAAGGCUGAGGAGAGGCACUGUGAAAUCCUUGGCUGCCUUCUUUAUACUGCAAAGCUUGUUGCAAAACAGGAAGGGCUGGACGAUGGAUUCAGGAUUGUGAUCAAUGAUGGCCCUAAAGGAUGUCAAUCUGUGUAUCACAUUCAUGUCCACCUCCUUGGAGGGCGCCAAAUGAACUGGCCUCCAGGCUAAAUAAAGAAGUUAUAGUUGAUAUAGGUAUUUCAUGAUAACUUCAAUAACGAAAGCCGACAUGUGGGCUUUCAUCGAUGAUCAAUGGAGUACACUCUUGAAUAGGGAAAACUAAUGAACCUUGUGAAAUGCAUUGCUUGGAAUCUCAACGAGGCCUGUUUAAAGUUCCCCAGCUUUAUGCCUAUUUAAUAUAAUUUAACUGGUUUUCAGUGCAUGAGAAAUAUGAAUUCUUAGGUCUCUGACCAAGAUCUUACAUGGAGAGAUGAAAUUUGUUACUAGAGCACCUGCACUUAAUAAUAGGCAUAAUAAACUGUUUGAAAAUUUUCUA